CUGCUCCCGAUCUGAACUCACCGCCAGCCGCCUCCCGCCUGCCUCGCCGGUUAAUCGCCGUCGACGCCUCCCGCCUGGAUCCGUGCCUCGCCCUGCCCUUGGCGGCACGCUGCCUGCGCGGUCCACCGCGGCCAGCCGCCCAGUCCGCAGACCGGUCCUGCCCGGUGGCCGCCGGUGACCCUGCCCUGCACUACAGCAGCUAGCCUUCCCACUGUCCCACGACUAAACACAGCACACACAUCCGCCACUGUCUCAAGGAGCAGGCUAGUCAGCAGCCAGCAGCGAGGCACAGAGGCAGGCGGCUCGCCGGUUUAGAUAUCCACUACGCGCUCGCAGCUUCUGCCCCGCAAGCUCGCGCUUCAGCAGAGAUGCAGAGGCCGGUGGAUUUCAAGCUCCCCCACUUUUUCAACUACCCGCCCUACUUCACUUUGCAGCCUGUGAGAGAAACACGUGAAAAACAAGUGCAGCUAUGGAAAGAGCUGAUACUUGAUUACUGUAGAAGUCAAAAGAUGUAUAUAAUCUCCCUGGAAGAAGAUUUUCCAUUGUUCUCCAAUCCAAAGAUUGAGAGAUCUCUAAGCUAUGAAGCAAAGGAAGCAUUCCUUGCAGCUCUUGUUAGUGAAGGUCGCGCAGAGUGGAUUGACAAAGGUCACAAGAAGUGUCUCAUCCUUUGGCUGCGGAUUCAAGAUUGGGCUAACUACAUAUUAGACUUUGUUAAGGAAAAUGGGUUGGAAGUAACAACAAUUGAAGAUAUACGCUCUGGAAUUGAAACACAUGGGACCGAACUUGCUGGAAUUGAUCGCGGUGUCCUGAUGUGAGCUUUGAGGCUGUUGGAACAAAAGGGAAAGGCGGUUAUCUUUAAGGGCACUUCAGCGGACGAUGAAGGCGUCAAAUUUUCUGUUUAAACUUUGUGCCAACUAACUGAUGGAUAAUAAUCUUGAUGGGUGUCCUGGAACAUGAUA